AUGGCCGCGGAGCUGAGCAUGGGGCCGGAGCUGCCCACCAGCCCGCUGGCCAUGGAGUAUGUCAACGACUUCGACCUGCUCAAGUUCGACGUGAAGAAGGAGCCGCUGGGACGCGCGGAGCGCCCGGGUCGGCCCUGCACGCGCCUGCAGCCAGCGGGCUCGGUGUCGUCCACACCGCUCAGCACGCCGUGCAGUUCGGUGCCCUCCUCUCCCAGCUUCAGCCCGACCGAACAGAAGACCCACCUCGAGGACCUGUACUGGAUGGCGAGCAACUACCAGCAGAUGAACCCCGAAGCGCUCAACCUGACGCCCGAGGACGCGGUGGAGGCGCUCAUCGGCUCGCACCCGGUGCCACAGCCGUUGCAGAGCUUCGACGGCUUCCGCGGCGCGCACCACCACCACCACCACCACCACCCGCACCCUCACCACGCGUACCCGGGCGCCGGCGUGGCCCACGAAGAGCUGGGCCCGCACGCGCACCCGCACCAUCACCACCACCACCAAGCGUCGCCUCCGCCGUCCAGCGCGGCCAGCCCCGCGCAGCAGCUGCCCACCAGCCACCCGGGGCCCGGGGCGCACGCGGCAGCCGCGGCCACGGCGGCGGGCGGCAGCGGCAGCGUGGAGGACCGCUUCUCCGACGACCAGCUCGUGUCCAUGUCGGUGCGCGAGCUGAACCGCCACCUGCGGGGCUUCACCAAGGACGAGGUGAUCCGCCUGAAGCAGAAGCGGCGGACCCUGAAGAACCGGGGCUACGCCCAGUCGUGCAGGUAUAAACGCGUCCAGCAGAAACACCACCUGGAGAACGAGAAGACGCAGCUCAUUCAGCAGGUGGAGCAGCUUAAGCAGGAGGUGUCCCGGCUGGCCCGAGAAAGAGACGCCUACAAGGUCAAGUGCGAAAAACUCGCCAACUCCGGCUUCAGGGAGGCGGGCUCCACCAGCGACAGCCCUUCCUCUCCCGAGUUCUUUCUGUGAGUCGCGGCCGGCCCCGGCCCCCGCCCCUGCCCUAGCCUGGACUCCCUGCCCCGCGUCCCCCAGCCCUGGACUGCCCUGGACCCUGUCCCCGCCUCGGCCCUAGCCUUGACCUGUUUGACUGGAGGGAGAGGGAGGAACGGCGCGCGGGACGCGGGCGACGGGAGGGCGCGCGGGCAGGCAGGGGACCUUGGCCGGGGCGAGAGAGGCGCGCGCCAGCGCCACCUCCUAGACUCGAGCAGAGCCAGAGCGAGACGAGGGGGGUGGGAAGUCCCGGAGCAACUUUUCUCCCGGCUGGAGGGCGGCAAGGCACAGUCCCGAGGCGUCGCCGAGGCCGCCUGGAGACUCCUGGUUUUCUGAACUUUGCGCGCUCGGCCGGAGCCGCUGCCUCGCGGUCCGGAGCGCGGUGCAGCCCAGGAAGAGAGCCGCGAGGCGAGGCGAGGCGAGGCGAGGGCACCCUGGCGUCCCGCGGGCGCCGGAGGAGACUGAGCAAAGGAAGAAAGGACGGACGGGUCUGUCUGUCUGUCCAGGGCCCGGAGAACACUGGCUCUCAGCCCGGAGACUCGAGCCUCAGUUAGGACGUUCUGCGCGCAAAUCUCAUCCAUUUUAUUGCCUGCUCGAUUAUAUAGAAAAAAUACGAAAAUCUGCAUUAAAAAUAUUAAUCCUGCAUGCUGGACAUGUAUGGUAAUAAUUUCUAUUUUGUACCAUUUUCUUGUUUAACUUUAGCAUGUUGUUGAUCAUGGAUCAUCACCCCCGUAUUUCUUUGAGUGAGAAGGAAUCGCAGUUCGGAAACUCCCGCGGCUGCUGGCCGGGUUUCCACCCCGGCUGUCGGCUUGUAAAUACCCGCCCCGCCAAAUCGCUUAGAGAACGUGGCAGCAAGCUGAGCGUCUUUGUUUGGGUUUAUUAUGACGGCAAACAUUUAUUUUUUUUGUAAGUGAAGAAAAAGUUCCGGGCAUUUUGCAUCAGAAAACAACUUUGUCUAGGGACGCCCUUGGAAGUUGCACGUUUUCCACCCGCCCCACCCACCCCCCGUGUGGUCUUCUUUCUCCCUCUCACUUUAGUUAUAAAAUUUGUCUUUGUUGAAAGAGGGUUGGAGUCCCAGCUCCGGAGUAACAGGGCAGAGCAGCUGCGGAGUUCUGCACCCCCAAGUCGGAGAGGGUCCUCUCCCCCAGCCGGGUAUUAUGGCUAAAUUGACACCCAUCACGAGAUCAAAUGGAAAACUCUUCCCAGUGGUGACCUGAACUUGUGUUGAACCAACCACCAUGCCCAGAAUGUAUCCGAAACCCAAACAUUGGCAAGUAAUUUUGCAACUUUCAAGUGUGUUCUUUAGACAGGCAAGUUAGUGUGUUUCUUUCCCUGCUUUUGAGAUAGCGGGGGUUAUUGGUGGUGUCCUGCCCCUUCAGUUGUAUAAUAGUUCUAGGGAAAUCUGGGUGUUUUUCUUUAUUAUUACCUUUUUUUUUUUUUCCUGCAGGUCAGUAAAAGGAUUUAAGUUGCACUGACAAAAAUACCAAAAUAAAAAAGCGUAUUUUUUAGUUCCCCUUUGAAAUUGCUGGCGCUGCUGGCCAGAUGCAUUUUUGAGUUUGUAUUAGUUGAUAAAUUAACAGUAAUAACAAGAUUGUAUGAACCGCAUGGUGCUUGCAGUUUUAAAUAUUGUGGAUAUUCGUCCUGCAUCAGAAACGAGCUUCGGUUUUUAUGGAUUCAACUGUGUUGAAAUCAAAUUUGCUGCAACAGAAAUUGUUUUUAUUUCAUGUAAAAUAAGGGAUCAAUUUCAAACCCUGCUUAUGAUAUGAAAAUAUUAAAACCUAGUCUAUUGUAGUUUUAUUCAGACUGGUUUCUGUUUUUUGGUUAUUAAAAUGGUUUCCUAUUUUGCUUAUUAAAACCAUGGAAAUGGUGUUUAUUUAGAGGAAUCUGCGCUCACCCGACUGCGACUCUCUUCUCUUGCCUCUUCAAGAGGAGCUUCAAUUUUCUGGCACUCUCACCCCCCCUGGCCAGUGGAGAAACACACCAAGUCCAAGCAAAUCUCUCCCUUGAGUGUGUGAGUGUGUGUGUGCACGUGAACCUCAAAUGUGUUUUCUGCUUCUCACCGCAGGUAUGGGGCUGGCCAGGAUCUGGUUUGUGAGCAGAGAGGGGGGUACACGGGGCUUUCAGGCUGGGGCCUCAGGACUGGCCUGCUAUCUGCUGCUCAGCUCUGCAGUAGUGAUGGCUAGAGCCCAGGAGCCUGGGA